GGGUAAAGGAGGGAAUCUAGAAAACGAAAGGGGCGAGAUCUGGUGUAGCCAUUAGCGAGGGUUGAUUCUGAUUGAGAAGUGAGAAUUGGGGUCGAUUUGUGAUCGAGAGAGAUGGGAGGACAUGGACAUGGCGAGGGCACUACCUACAAAGGUAUCACAAUACAUCAACCUAAGCGCUGGCACACUAUCACCGGCAAGGGUUUGUGCGCCGUCAUGUGGUUUUGGGUUUUGUACAGAGCAAAGCAAGAUGGUCCUGUCGUAUUGGGCUGGAGGCAUCCCUGGGAGGGUCAUGAUGAUCAUGGCAAGGGGCAUUAACAUUCCUUAGGCACGAGCUCCACGAAGGGAACAACAAAACUUGAAGGAUCUGUGGCUGUGGGUGUGCUGGUAGUUCAAAUAUUUACCUUGUUUCAUUCAAUAAAUUGUAAAAGAAGAGAUUUCGUUUUUACAUAAUGUCAUGAGCAUUAGCUAUGUUUCAUCACUUCAACUGUUAUCUUGGAUGAAAGUAAUGGCUAAGGUUGGUUGGAAAAUUAUCCAUGUCUUCUGUUUUCUCAUAAAUUGUGUCAACUAUGAUAGUCGUGUGUCCGCCAGUGAAUAACACAAUGUUAUAGUGCGUUUUGUUUAUUUCAAAGAAUUUGAUGGCGUGCUAGCAUAGU